CUGUCUGUCCCUCCCAGCUCACGUGCCAGUGGGACGUGUCCCCAGCAGCUGUUACGUGUCACCUGAGCCGCUGUCAUCCUUCCAGGGGUACUGCUUGUGGAGACGGGGAGCUGGGAUCUUCAGAACCACUGUUACCAUCAAGAAAUGAAAAUGGCUGUUCCACCUGCUUACGCCGAUCUGGGCAAAUCUGCCAGAGAUGUUUUCACCAAGGGAUAUGGUUUUGGGUUAAUAAAACUUGAUUUGAAAACAAAAUCUGAAAAUGGACUGGAAUUUACAAGCUCAGGUUCAGCAAACUCGGAAACGAGCAAAGUUAGCGGUAGUUUGGAAACAAAAUACAAAUGGGUGGAAUAUGGAUUGAUGUUCACAGAAAAGUGGAACACCGACAACACACUAGGCACUGAGAUUACUCUUGAAGAUCAGCUUGCACGUGGCCUGAAGCUGACCUUUGACUCCUCCUUCUCUCCUAACACUGGGAAAAAGAGUGCUAAAGUUAAGUCAGGGUACAAAAGGGAACACAUCAACAUCGGCUGCGACAUGGAUUUUGAUAUUGCUGGUCCUUCAAUACGUGGAGCCCUGGUGGUUGGCUACGAGGGGUGGCUGGCAGGUUACCAAAUGACUUUUGAGACAACAAAGUCCAGAGUAACCCAGAGCAAUUUUGCUGUUGGCUAUAAGACCGAUGAAUUCCAGCUUCAUACUAACGUGAAUGAUGGAACAGAAUUUGGCGGCUCCAUUUACCAGAAGGUGAAUGAUAAACUGGAAACUGCUGUGAAUCUUGCUUGGACAGCCGGUAACAGCAACACGCGCUUUGGAAUAGCAGCCAAGUAUCAGAUUGACCCAGAUGCCUCUUUUUCUGCAAAAGUGAACAACUCCAGUCUGAUCGGAUUAGGAUACACUCAGACUUUAAAGCCAGGUAUCAAACUGACACUGUCAGCUUUGUUGGAUGGCAAGAAUGUCAACGCAGGUGGUCACAAACUUGGUCUAGGAUUGGAAUUUGAAGCAUAAGGAGUGAUUCUACGAUCGCUAAUUUGAAAAUACAGCAUAGCUACCUUCAGAAUAUAGUGUACCUUUCAAUGUUUUAUGUCUGGGAUGCAAGUAUUGCUAAGUAUCAGUCCUGCUAGUCCUGGUUAAAGACAGCUAAGCUUUAAAAUGAUGUUGUUAAAGAAGCGGAGAUAGCAUAAAAAAAUCCUAAUUCCAGGCUUUUUUUUUUUUUUUUUUUGGUGUUAUUGCCCAUCACACCUGUCAGCUGCCACAUGAUAGGAUGUAGGAAGGUAUUAAUUACCUUUACUAACGUAUCGACUGCACAAGGAAUAUGUUAAUGUGGUAUAAAACCCAAGACUUGAAGAAUUGCAGACCACUAUAUUAUACUGUUAGUUCCAUGAGCAAAAUGUUCCGACACACGGUUUCAAUUCACGAUGGAAUGUGCAAACUUGUCUGAAAAAGGGAUUUUUUUUUUU